AGACAGAAAGGGUAGAGACAGGAAAGAUCCAACGCACUGAGAAAGCUGUUGCUGCAGGAGCAGUUGCUGUAAUCAGCUCUGAUUUUCCACAAGUCGUGUCUAUAUGAUCAUUGUGCAACAUACUGACAGAUGAGCAGACUUUCCUAAACCAAAUCUUAGAAUAUUUUCCUUCUGUGGACCAUAAUACCUUUUUUUUUAAGCCAGAGGCCCUCCAAAAAAACAACAGUUGCCAUGGAAACUGUUUUGCUCUUUCUUUCUUCACUCUUGGUGUGUGUAUCUGCUGAUGCAGACACCAUUGGAAAAGAGGAGAAUUCAGUUGACGAAAAUCCCUUCAUUUAUGACUAUGAGAGUUUGAGAAUUGGGGGACUGGCAUUUGCUGUUGUUCUGUUUAUGCUGGGGAUCCUUCUAAUACUCAGUCGGCGAUGCCGCUGUGGUGGAAAACAGAAGCCCAGGGCCCCUGGAGACGAGGAGGUACAAGAAGAAAACCUUGUUGUCUCAAAGGCUGCAGCGGCUGCCAAAGACACUACAGCAGAGAACUAAUGCCACUGGAACACCUUCUGAAAGGAAACCACAAUAAUAUGAAAGGAUUUGAGAAUAGAUCUAUUUAGUUGCAUUGGAGGGUAAGGACAGGUUGUAUACCUUUAAAAUUAGGACAUGUAAAUAGAUAUUUUGCUAUGUGUUCAUUUUUUUGUGUGUAGUCCUUCAGUGCUCUUGUCAACUGCUGUGCCUUUUCUGUAAUGGUCUUUCACUGCAGUUUGUUGUGACACCUUUAACUCAAGUUUGUUUUUUAAAGCCUUGAAAGUAUUUUAAUGUUGUGCGUUCUGCUGUUUUGUUGUUCUUCUAUUGAUUGACUUUAGGUUGUAAGACUUGUGAAUCCGUUGUUUUGUCAGCCGUCCUAAAAAAUGUCUUGUUUACUUUAGAAACUAUACACUUAGUUACAGUAUUUAAAUAUAAAUACUUUACAUAUGAAAAGUUUAGGACAAUAUCCUGGUGUGAUGUUUGUAAUUUAAUGUUUAAGUGUGUUUGGAUAAAUACUUACAGGGCUGGAUACAGGAGGAGGUGGGUCACAGGGCUAUAGCCAAUUUGGAGUUUCCUGCCCACUAAAGAUUUUUUAACACAUUGAAAGGACAGUAGUUUGUUAUUUUGGUACAUAACAACAUAUUACACCUUAUUCAACUAACUGAAGAGGUUUCUGAAAUUUCCCUUGUCCUUUUUAAAAAGUUCCUAAUAUAUAUGGCCUACUUUCAAAGAAAUUAGGAAUGCUAUGAUUACCGUUUUAUACAGAAUCCUAGAUACAAGUGGACUAAAAUUGCAUCAGUAAGGCAGUCAGUCAUUCCACUGUUGCUAAUGCCUUUGAAGUGUGGGUGCACAGCAAUGUUAUUUUGGCAGGUGACUCUUAGUGUUUUGGAAGUGAACUACAUGGAGUAUGUGAAGAAGCAGUCAGUUCAAUUUACCUUGAUCAUGUGGAACAGAAAUCAUAAAAAAUAUAAUAUAUUGUUUUAUGAUAAAAUACAAAGUUUAUUAGUGUCAAAUCUUUUCUUUGUUUUUGUUUUUUUGGUAUUAAAUGUGUUUCAUUUUUAUAUAAUUCACACAACAGCUACGUUGUUCUACUGUUUACUGUCAUUAUUUAGCCAUUAUAUUAGAUUUUAAUUGACGAGACCAUUGGUUUUUAUUUUUCUAUUUAUAAGCCAUUGUAAAGAGAACUCUUUGUAAAGGUGUGAAUUUUUUAACAGUCACACACCAGAAAAAAAAA